UAAUAAUAUAGGCAAAUAGUUUUUGGACAGUUAUCGUAAGAUGCCGGUCGUAGAAGCGUUUCCAGUAGAGAAGGAGUACGAGAAGAAUUCGGAUAUAUCUCCAGAGGAUAUCAGAAAGCUGCGGGAGUGGCUGAAGACGCAGCCUCACAUGCCAGAAGAGUACAUAACAGAUCUAGAUCUCAUAUUACUUUUCUUCUGUUGCGAGAAGAGUGCUGAAGUCUCUAAGCAAGUUUUGGAUCUCCACUACACGCUCAGAACUCAUAUUAAUGCGUGGUUCCUGAACAGAGUAGCAGAUGAGAAGAUCAUACAAUGUAUGAAUUUAGUCUUAAUAACUCCUCUCCCAACAUUCACAGCCGACGGUUACAAAGUGAUAUACGGUCGGUUAUUAGACGCAGACCCUAAAAAUUUCAACUUUAGUGAUGUCGUCCGCUUAUUCGGAAUGGUCUUCGAUUUAUACCAAUAUACAGAAGGAACAUGGCCAGGACUCGUUAUUGUAAUAGACAUGGAUUUUGCUAGUAUUGGACAUCUAGCAAGGAUCGAUUUGUCGACAUUAAAACAGCUUGUAAUCUUCCACCAGGAAUGCAUGUUUACUAGAUUGAAAGAAGUGCACUUUAUAAACGCUCCUUACUUCAUGGAUCGAUUGAUGUCAUUAGUGAGAUUGUUCGCGAAGAAGUCGUUACUGGACAUGAUGAAAAUUCAUGAGCGAGGGUCAGAGUCCAUUUACGAAUACGUGCCGAAAAGUGCAUUCCCGAAAGAGUUAGGAGGAAACUAUAAGGAUAAUAUUACUUUAAGAGUUGAAAUGAUACAACAUUUGAAAGAUAAUAAGCAGUACUUCGAAGAAGAAGGUCGAAAGCGUGUAAAUGAAUCAUUGCGUCUAAACGGGAAAACUAAUGUUGAGGAUUUGUUUGGUACACAGGGUAGUUUUAAGAAAUUGGAGAUUGAUUGAGAUACCAUAUUUAUUAAAUAAAUAAAUUCUGUUAAAACAAAUUAAAGUUAACAUACUUAUAAAUAAAAAAGUUCUGUUUAAAAAAUUUAAAGUUCUUUCUUUACUUUCUUUGAUUGGCGUCUUACGUAUAAGUGUUUAAAUGAGGAUUAAAAACCACGAUAAUUGAUUAGUUUUUAUCAUAGAUACCUGUUAGCGACCGCUACUUAUGGUUUUUUUUAAAUUUAAAACUAACAUCCACGGGCUCAAAAUGCUAUGCCUUUUGUUCAACAUGCUACCACAGGCGAUUUAUUCUUAAAACUACAAAUUGACAGUCCUGUGACUGCCUAGUAAUUUUUUUUAAUUU